GUUUUAUUUAAAAUAAAGCUGCUUCUUUGGCAUUUCUGGGCAAUCCUUUUUUGAAGAACCACAGCCAUGAGUGGCUUUGGAGCCCUACUUCGAAGAAACCAGUUCAUCCUUCUGGUGCUUUUUCUUUUGCAAAUUCAGGGUCUGGGUCUGGACAUGGAGAGUCGUCCUACCACUGAAGUCUGUGCCACUCACACUAUUGCACCAGGACCCAAAGGAGAUGAUGGUGAAAAGGGAGAUCCAGGAGAGGAGGGGAAACAUGGCAAAGUAGGACGCAUGGGGCCGAAAGGUAUUAAGGGGGAGCUGGGUGAUGCAGGAGACCAGGGCAACAUUGGCAAGACCGGGCCCAUUGGCAAGAAGGGUGACAAAGGGGAAAAGGGUUUGCCAGGGAUCCCAGGAGAAAAAGGCAAAGCAGGCACUGUCUGUGAUUGUGGAAGAUACCGGAAAGUUGUUGGACAACUGGAUAUUAGUGUUGCUCGCCUCAAAACGUCUAUGAAGUUUGUCAAGAAUGUUAUUGCAGGGAUUAGGGAAACCGAGGAGAAAUUCUACUACAUUGUGCAGGAGGAGAAGAACUAUAGGGAAUCCCUGACCCACUGCCGGAUCCGGGGUGGGAUGCUGGCCAUGCCAAAGGAUGAAGCUGCCAACACCCUCAUUGCUGACUAUGUCGCCAAGAGUGGCUUCUUCCGGGUGUUCAUCGGAGUGAAUGACCUUGAGAAGGAGGGACAGUAUGUGUUCACAGACAACACUCCCCUGCAGAACUACAGCAACUGGAGAGAGGGGGAGCCCAGUGACCCCUAUGGUCAUGAGGACUGUGUGGAAAUGCUGAGCUCAGGCAGAUGGAAUGACACAGAGUGCCAUCUUACCAUGUACUUCGUCUGUGAGUUUGUCAAGAAGAAAAAGUAACUUCCCCUGUGCUACACACAUUUGUUCUUUGCAGUUAUUUUUAUCCAUCUUUUUCUUUCUCUUCACGUCAAAUUCAUUCUGACUCAAAACAAGUAGAAAAUACUGACCUGAAAUUUGGAAUCUC